CUUUUUAUACCCUUCUUUUUUUUUUAUCUUUGGCUUUUUUUUUGUCUAUGGCAGAUGAACCACUCUUUAGAAAAUACCAUCUUACAAAGAAUAGUAGCGUAAAAUCAGAUACAUCAUCUUCAUCUCGCAAGUUUCGCUGGUCGUCUUGUUUUUCAUUUGUGACAAAUAAACUAAAACGAUAUUCAAAAUUAAAUACUUCUCCAUCAUUCGAGGUUCUUCAUGUUCUAAAUGAUGAUCAAAAAGAGUUUUCAGCUGAAGACUCAGCCAAGCUGACGACGAUGACAGCAUCCUCUUCUUUUACUUCACAUAAUGAUAUAUCCUCAUCCCAAUGGAAAGAACCAACAUCGUCCCUUCUUCCUCCUCCUAGACAGCCCAAGCCAAAGAGACAGAGUAUCCAGAUACCUACCAGUAACAAAGAUCGCAUUCCACUGAUAGACCCUACACUCACACCUAAAGUAAAACCCAAGUCUACCAAGGGACAACCCACUCUGUUACGCUUAUCUCUUGACGCUGAAUGUCUUCAAUCACCCACACAAAGUAUCAAAGACGAUGAUAACGAAAGUGUCUCCACUGGAUACUCUGGUAGCACAUCGAAUCAUCCCACUCCUUUCCGAAGUGGUACACUCGGUGCCACAAAGCCAUCAAGCGAUUUGGUCAUCCCACCCUUGCCUUCAAAGCCAACUAACUCUUCUCUUGAUUCAUGGUUGACCGCAACUGAGAAACCAUUAGACUCCUGCAUCUCUGUAAGCGCAAUGAGUCAACCUGAGGAAGAGAUUGACUUAAUUGAUGAGUCCAAACGGUUAUCUCUUAAAGAAAGAAGACGAAGAAAAUCACCCUUGACAUUACCUGGUGCGGAGCAACUCACUUUAGCUAUCAAGGAAACAAAGAUAAAUGAGAACGAAGAUCACACUUGGCGACAUCAAUUGGUAGAACAAAGCGUGAUAUACUCAUUUCGAGAUAAAUAUCGUCAAGAGGCCAUGUUAUCCUUAGAAGGAAAGAGACAACAAGAAGAAGAGAAGUCUUUAGAUAAUUCUAAAAAUAAAAAAAUCAGUAGCAAAUCCCGCCGAUCAUCUCACAUUGAUCAGCCAUCAGAACUCACACAGAAAGAACGUAGUCAAGAAAGAUCAGAAGGACUCGAAAUUAUCUGUGAAGAUGAAAUACCAAAAAUAGUCUCUCGUGCCAUGAUACAAAUACCAGAAACACCACCUCAUCAUCAACAAUUUACCCCCUCCUUGAUUUCGGUGCCUUCUACGCCCAAUUCUAUUGAUUCCUCCAUGAUUGAUCAUGAAGAAUACCUUGUUCAGCAACAUGCUUUGGCUGUCUGCUUAUCUUCAGAUUAGGCUGGUUCCUUUUUCUUUUUUUUUUUUGUUAUAUUAAACAUUUAUUGCUGUACAUAAACUCAUUUCUCUUUAAUGUGUCUUUUUAUACUCUUCAUAAUAGCCUUUGAAGCUUUUGGCAACUUCAUCUGCUUCAGCAUUCUGUCCGUAGCAAUCGAGAA